CCCCGUCCUUCAGCAGAAUCAGCGCGCGCGAUGACGCGUCAGCAUCAACCAAAGCAUCGCUAAUAUUUCCAAUGAAUUACACGUCCGAUAGCUGACGAGCCGCACGGAAACUUGAUUCAUCCUGGGAUCGCGGAUUCCAUAUAUCAGUGGAGACGGGGCGUGUUUGAGGUUUAUAGAUCCACUGGAAUAGCUGUUUUGCCGUCUUUUAGGACCAUGGCGAAAAACAACAGCCUCCAUUCAAACAGCAAUGGAGAGACUGACGACUCCCCAAACAUGUUGGUUUACAGAAAGAUGGAGGAUGUUAUUGCCAGGAUGCAGGAUGAAAAAAACGGCAUACCUAUUCGUACAGUGAAGAGUUUCCUGUCCAAGAUUCCCAGUGUCUUCUCUGGUUCAGACAUUGUCCAAUGGAUUCUGAAGAAUCUAGGUAUUGAAGAUCAAGUUGAGGCUCUUCAUCUGGGCACACUGAUGGCGGCUCACGGCUAUUUCUUUCCCAUCUCUGACCAUGUGCUCACACUUAAAGAUGACGGCACAUUCUACAGAUUCCAGACACCAUAUUUCUGGCCUUCAAACUGCUGGGAGCCUGAGAAUACUGACUACGCUGUGUACUUGUGCAAAAGAACAAUGCAGAACAAAGCUCGCCUGGAACUCGCUGAUUAUGAAGCUGAGAGUUUAGCACGGUUACAGCGGGCCUUUGCCAGGAAAUGGGAGUUUAUAUUUAUGCAAGCAGAGGCUCAGGCCAAAGUUGAUAAGAAAAGAGACAAAAUUGAAAGGAAAAUACUGGACAGUCAGGAAAGAGCUUUCUGGGAUGUGCACAGACCAGUGCCAGGAUGUGUGAAUACGACAGAAGUGGACAUAAAGAAAUCAUCCAGGAUGAAGAACCCUCACAAAACAAGAAAGUCUGUAUACGGCCUUCAGAAUGACAUUCGCAGCCACAGCCCGACGCACGUACCGGCCCCCGAGGCCAAGCAGCCAACCGAAGAAGAGCUUCAGGAACAGAUCAAGUUUUGGCAAUCACAGUUAGAUAAACAUCGAUUGAAAAUGUCCAAAGUUGCAGAGAGUUUGUUGAGCUAUACUGAGCAGUACUCAGACUAUGACCCCUUCUUGUGCACCCCUGACCCCGCCAACCCAUGGAUAUCAGAUGACACAACACUCUGGGAAAUGGAGGCCAGUAAGGAACCGGGUCAGACUAGAGUUAGACGCUGGGGCUUCGGUAUUGAUGAGGUCUUGAAAGAUCCCGUUGGUCGGGAGCAGUUCCUCAAAUUCCUGGAGUCCGAAUUCAGCUCAGAAAACCUCAGGUUCUGGCUGGCAGUGCAGGAGUUAAAGAGAAGGCCGAUUCGUGAGGUGCCAACGCGGGUGCAGGAGAUCUGGGAGGAGUUUUUGGCUCCUGGAGCUCCCAGCGCAAUCAACGUUGACUCGAAGAGUUACGAUAAAACCACGCAGAAUGUCAAAGACCCGGGACGGUAUGCUUUUGAGGAUGCACAGGAGCACAUCUAUAAGCUGAUGAAGAGUGAUUCUUACAGUCGUUUUAUUAGAUCCAGUGCCUACCAGGAGCUUCUGCAGGCUAAAAAAAAGUUUGGAGGCAUACUGGAUCGCAGAACCUCAUUUGAAAAGUUCACUCGUAAUGUGGGCAAAUCUCUGAUAUCCAAGAGGCUGCCUGCCGUCGUCCAAUCUUGCUGAGCCUCAAACAAUCCACCGAGGAUGAGGACACUAUCAUCUUCAUCUCUGUCGUCUGAUUGGUCCGGACCCCAGACAUACCCUGGAAAAUGGACCGAAUCACAUGCAUGUCCAAGGGACUGAAUUUUUACAUCAGUUUCUACGUACUACUUGCUAGUUUUAGUCUUUCAGACAGUUAGACAUUAUGGACUUGUAAUAUUUGAGAAAUGCAGCAAUGUCUUUCAAAGGAGGACUGAGGUCUUCUCUACUGUCUGUCAGAACUGUCUCCAACUUUAGACUGAUCAAAUGAUGUCAAGAUCCGAGCAUUUCAAGUCAUGUAAAAUUCACAAUUAAAUAAAACCGCGUAGGCACAGUGUAAAAUCGAGAAGCUUUAGACAGAGAUGAUCUCUUCCUACUCUUCUUUCAUCUCUUUUGCGUUGAUUUUAUUGCACUAUGAUGGAUUUAGCACACGUUUGCUUAUCGCACCUGUAAAGUCGCAUGGGAUAUAUCUGAACGCGACUGGCCCGAGUCUCUCAUCGGUUCUUCUUCGUCGGCUCCUUUUGUUUAUUUUUUAUAUCAUAUGUAAACACACUUUUACUUGAAAAUAUAUUAAAGUCAGUCCUUUAUCUUAAAGUCAACAA